AUUCACUCAAACAACAGCCGCAUACAGAGCAGUUUGGCGUUGGUUUGGCAAGCGACUUCAACUUGGCAAGAGCAAGGCGCUGGCCAAUAGCAGACGACACGCUCAUCUUGAUCAACAGAUGGUUAACAGCAGAGAUCAACAGAUACUAGGCAGAGAGAGGGAACGUCCACAUAGAAAGUUUUCAAACUGAUUUCCUGAUCACUGUUGUUUUUUGUUUAUUAAUUAUUAAUGUUUAAGUUUUGAGAAUGGCACUUCUUUCUAGCAAGGAAAAAUAUCAUACAUUUAAUGGUUUGAAUUGUCUAGUGAAAGGAUUAGAAGGACGUUUUACAACUAUAGAUUUACGGAAUGAAUCAUUUGUUACAGGAAAAAUUGAAGAAGUCGAUGGUUACAUGAACUUGACGAUGUCAAAAGUCAUCUUCACAGAUCAGUGCGGGAGGUGUCUAGAGUUCGACACAUUCUUUGUGCAGAACAGAAUUAUUAGAUAUGUCCACAUUCCAGUGAAGUUGAAUGUGAUGGACAUCAUACAAACGCAAUUGGAAUCCAAUCGCCGAAAAGCACCAGAAAAGAAGCACACAUUCAAACAUAAGAGAGCACUAGCAAAUCAGAAGGAAUCUAUGAGAAGAGUGGCAGAAAUGAAAAAGGCUUCACAAACUGAUAAAAAAGACUAAUAUUUUUGAAAUCAUAAUUAUUUUUUUCUUCUUCAAAUAACUGUACAAUUUUAGCUAAAAUGACAAAAAACUAUUUUACUAAAAAAACUUUUAUCUAUACAAAAGUUGUAGGGUAUGUCAAUGCUCAUGUCAGUCAGUUGUCAUAAGCUGAAGUCUAGUAUAACACGACAGCAUAAUGUUCAAUUAUUUCGCUAAGGAUCAAUUCUUAAACGUAUUUGUAAAUAGUUAAAUUAUUCAUUUUGACAGUGUUAUGUGAUUUAUUUUUUUAAUAAAUAUUUUUAUUUCUCAUACAA